AUGGGUAACCUUCUCUUGGCCGCCUUGUUCGCGUUCGCUGCAGUCGGCGUCGUUGCAGAUACAUGUAACCCGUUGAACACGAGAUGUCCUCCCAACGUAGGACUGGCAAACAGUACUUAUACAAUCGACUUCACACAGCAGACUACGAUUCCACCUGAUUGGACUCUCUCCAACUAUGCCAGUCUCAAUUUCAGCUCUAAAGGAGCUGCAUUCACCGUAGCCAAGCGCUUCGACUCUCCUCAAUUGUGGACCAACUGGUACAUCCAUUAUGGUAAGGUCGAGGUCGUAGCUCAAGUUGCUCCUGGCACAGGCAUUGUCUCCUCUGCUGUUCUCAUGUCCGACGAUCUAGAUGAGAUCGACUUUGAGUUCAGCGGAAACAACUUCGGAGAUACUGUCUCGAAGGGACAGAACAACUACUAUGGAAAGUCGCAGUUCCAUACUUAUACCUUUGAUUGGACUUCCACAGCCUUGACUUGGUCUAUUGAUGGCACCGUUGUCAGAACUCUGUACGCUGCCAAUGCUGACAGUGGCUCCCAUCAAUACCCUCAGACACCAGCAAAAUUACAGUUGGGAAUUUGGGCAGGAGGCGAUUAUGGAAACGCGUGGGGUACAGUGGACUGGGCAGGAGGAUAUACAGACUACACCAAAGCUCCUUUCACCAUGUAUGUGAAAAGCGUCAAUAUAACAAACUACAACCCUGCCUACACCUACAACUACACCGACAAUUCUGGAAGCUCUGGAAGCAUAAAAUACCUCUCAGCGCCCGCGGUCUCGUCAACCAGCACAACAAAUAAACCUGCUUCGAGCGCUGUCACUCAAACGAAAAGCACAGGUUCUACUUCUGUACCAGUCAAAGUCUCUACGACAUGUGCUGGCAAUCCGCCACCAGCACCGACUCAGAACGGGAUCGUCUCUGGCUGUACUCAGUGGUCUACCGCUAAGUCGGGAGACACAUGUCUUGGGAUUGCUGCAAAGUUCAAUAUCACCAACGAGCAAUUCAUGGCAUGGAACCCAGCAGUUGACCCUCCACUGUGCUACAACAUGUGGCUGAAUUACGGCUAUUGUGUAUCUACAGAUUGCGCGCUUAUGAGCACAUCGUCGACGGUCGUUUCCACAACUGUCUCGCCUAGCUCAUCCCGUUCCACAACUGUGACCACAAGCGCUACUUCAAUCUCUACCGUUGUUGUGUCAUCCUCGUCACUGCCAACGACUACUAUCAGCCCAACCUCGAGCACUAGCGCUUCUAGAACCUCCAGUGUCUCCAGUAGUUCCAGCACCUCAACCACUUCCAGCACUGCUUUGCAAGGAUCGUCUUUGCCAGCGACAUCAGGAUCAAGCACCUCGAUCGCAACAUCGCUUUCCUCGUCUUCUUCUGUAUCAUCAAGUGUUGUCAGCUCGCAAAGCACAACCGCUGCCUCAUCUCCCGUAACUUCGUCGUCGCUGACCCCGAGCACACUGUGUCCUGGGUCAGACGGACAAAGUUUGGUGAAUCGGGGCAGAAAUGCCUAUACCAUUAAGUGUGCUUCUGACUCUAGCAAAGCGUCUUACACAAGCGCUUACCCUCUCCACUCUUAUCUCGAUUGCUUGAAUUUGUGUGAUGAAGCAGCAGAUACUGGUUGUACCGCGUUCACAUACGUGGGCAACUCAAAUGGCAAUGGGUCUGGCAUCUGUUAUCUGAAGAGCGCCUCCGGAACUUUCACGGCCGCUCCAAACAACUACAUCUCCGGCGUUUUGUCUGUAAACAACUCAUCUGGGAGCAGUGCAACUCAGACAGGAUCCAGCGCUUCUUCAGGAUCCUCGACUUCUUCAUCUGCAGCAGUGACCAGUUCUUCAAGCGUCCUUCCUCUCGCCAGUCUUUCGGCUGAGCUUUGUCCUGAUGCUGCAACACAGAGUUUCGUCACGUCUCAAAGCGGGUCGCUUUACUUCAUGCGCUGCAGCUCUGACACGAACAUAGGAUCAUACAGCAACAGCAAGGCUUCUGCUUCCUGGAAAGAUUGCAUGAGCAGCUGUGAUAGCGAUUCGAGAUGCGUCGCCUUCACGUACGUUGGCGGCAAUGGCGGCAAAGGAACAGGAGUAUGCUGGUUCAAGGACGCUCAAGGUAGUGCGGUCAUUGCUGGGCCAAACUACUCAUCAGGUGCAUCUGUGAGUAGUAUUAAAACAGGUAAUCUGGCUGUUUCUUCCAGUUCUCCAACAACAAGCUCCUUGACUUCCAGUACAUCGACUGCUUCAACAUCUUGGGCCACAAAUUCGGCGGGUAACAACUACACCAUAUACCGCGGCAGUGACACGAACUACGGCGCAUAUACCAAUGUCCCGGCAACGAACUCUUUCAUGGACUGUACGACUGCUUGCGACAAGGAUUCGAAGUGCACAGCAUGGACGUAUGUUGGAGGUAGCCGUGGCAUAGGAAGUGGGUCCUGUUGGCUGAAGAGCCAACUUGGUCAGCCUGUCCCAAGCAACAGCGACAACGUAAUCUCAGGCUCACGCUUGACUCAGGGUGUCAGAAUGCGCCGAGCUGUAUCUUCCUGGUGGAACAGUAUCACAUCGAUCAAGUCCACAGCCACUAAGACUGAACGUCUUGCGACCACCAUACCUAAACCGCCGCCGCAACCUGCUUGGGCUCGCUAUUACACACAUGGCGGCUGA